AUGUCGUCCCAGGCAGCCGGAAACCAGACCUCUGGGGCCACAGAGGACUACUCUUAUGGCAGCUGGUACAUCGACGAGCCCCCAGGGGGUGAGGAGCCCAAGCCUGAGAGGCCUGUGUCCUUGUGCCAGACCAGCAUACCGCCCAGUCUCUCCCACGCCUGCCUGGCCUCGCUGUCGGUCCUUGUGCUGCUGCUGCUGGCCGUGCUGGUGAGGCGCCGCCAGCUGUGGCCCCGCUGCGGGCACGGCAGGCCCGGGUUGCCCAGCCCUGUGGAUUUCUUGGCUGAGGACAAGUCCCGGACGGUGCCCACUGCUGUCUUCAUGGUCCUCUUCAGCUCCUUGUGCUUGCUGCUCCCCGAUGAGGACCCGCUGCCCUUCCUGACCCUCAUCUGGACACCCAGCCAAGGGCCCUGGAAGAUGCUGGCUUUGCUCUAUUACCCAGCCCUCUACUACCCUCUGGCCGCCUGUGCCACAGCCAGGCAUGGAGCUGCGUACCUCCUUGGAAGCUUACUGUCCUGGGCCCACUUUGGAGUCCAGGUCUGGCAGAGAGUGGAGUGUCCCCAGACACCCAAGAUCUACAAGUACUACUCCCUGCUGGCCUCCCUGCCUCUCCUUCUGGGCCUGGGAUUCCUGAGCCUCUGGUACCCAGUGCAGCUGGUGAAAAGCUUCAGCCACAGGGCAGCAGCAGACUCUGAGGUGCUGCAGAGCAGCUACUCUGAGGAGUAUCUGAGGUACCUCCUUCGCAGGAAGAAGUUGCAAAGCAGCUCCCACACCUCCAAGCAUGGCUUCCUGUCCCAGGCCUGGAUCUGCUUCAGACACCAUAUCUACACCCCGCAGCAAGGAUUCCGACUCCCCCUGAAACUGGUGCUUUCGGCCGCCCUGACAGUGACCGCCAUUUACCAGGUGGCCCUGCUGCUGUUGGUGGGCGUGGUUCCCACCAUCCAGAAGGUGAGGGCAGGCAUCACCGCGGACGUCUCCUACUUGCUGGCCGGCUUUGGGAUCGUGCUCUCAGAGGACAGGCAGGAGGUGGUGGAGCUGGUGAAGCACCACCUGUGGGCACUGGAAGUUUGCUACGUCUCAGCUCUGGUCCUGUCUUGCUCACUCACCUUCCUCGUCCAGAUUCGCUCACUGGUGAUGCACAGGGCCAACCUGCAAGCUCUGUACCGAGGGGCUGCCCUGGACCUGGGCUCCCAAGCUCAGAGCCCCCACCCCUCUCGCCAGGCCAUAUUCUGUUGGAUGAGCUUCAGUGCCUACCAGACUGCCUUCACUUGCCUUGGACUCCUGGUGCAGCAAACCAUCUUCUUCUUGGGGACCAUGGCCCUCGCUUUCCUGGUGUUUGUGCCUGUGCUCCAUGGCAGGAACCUCCUGCUCCUCCGAGCCCUGGAGUCCUCAUGGCCCUUUUGGCUGACCUUGGCCCUGGCUGUGACUCUGCAGAACAUGGCGGCCCACUGGGCCUUCCUGGAGACUCACCACGGAUGCCCAGAGCUGACCAACCGGCGAGCUCUCUUUGCUGUCGUCUUCCUUCUCUUCCCCAUCAACGUGCUGGUGGGCACCACGGUGGCCACCUGGCGAGUGCUCCUCUCUGCCCUCCACAAUGCCAUCCACCUUAGCCAGAUGGACCUCAGCCUGCUGCCGCCUAAGGCCGCCACUUUUGACCCCGGCUACCACACAUACCGAAACUUCUUGAAGAUUGAGGUCAGCCAGUCACACCCGGCUGUGACAGCCUUCUGCACCCUGCUUCUACGAGGGCGGACGCCCCAGCCCCAGCUCCCAGCACGCCCCCAGGACAGCCUCAGAGCCGGGGAGGAAGAAGAAGGAAUGCAGUUGCUACAGACCAAAGACCCCACCAUCAAGGGAGCAGGGCCCAGGGCCAGCCACGGCAGGGCCCGCUGGGGUCUAGCCUACACGCUGCUCCACAACCCAGCCCUGCAGGCCUUCCGGAAGCCAGCCCUGUCAGAGGCCUGGACCAACGGCACCCAGCCCUGAGGGCAGGGGAGGCCAAGCCACCCUGGCCUUGUCUGUGGAGAGGGGGCGCUCUCCUCCUGCCAUCCCACUCCCUGCUCUCGAGGCUUGGCAGCCCCUCCACUUAGCUCCAGCUCUGCUGAUAGGUCCCCACAGAGCACAGCCCAGAGCAGCCCUCUCAGAGGUCACCAUGGUUGGAUACAGGCCUGCACUAUGAGCCUCGGGAGGGUUCUGAUCUGCCCCUUGGCCUCAGGAGAGUCUGCAACAACUCUGGAGAAGCAGUUGGAGGUUUAGGCCCAAGGUCUGGAAGCCAAUGGGGCCAGGGUGGUCUUGGUGUCGGGGGAGGAAAGGGAAGGGGGGGCCCGACCACAUCCAGGCCCCUCCCCACCCUGGCUCCUCCUCGCAGAGCCUCACUGGAACCCACUCCUGAAGAAAGUUGGUGAUUUGGGGCCUGGACAGCCUCAAAUUCCAGCUCAGCUGUACCUCGGGCGGACCUCACCACCAUGGGACGGAAUAUGGCUUCCUUCUCCUCCCCACUUCCCUCCCCUUCUCUGGGAAAUGGCUGGAAGGCUCCUGGGCAUCCUGGCUUGCUAGGCGGGCCCAGAAGGAAGCCGUGAGUCCUGCUGGGCAGCAAGUCACACCUCAACCCAGGCCCCACACCAAGCUGUCCACACUUGAGAGCCAGAUAUUUUUUGUAGUUUUUCUACCUUUAGAUACUAUGAAAGAGGUUAGUGUGUUCCCUGUAAUAAACUUGUCCCUGAAAAACA